AUGGGUAAUCCAACGGGUUUGGGGCUCCACCUCAUUUUGUUAUGUGCUUUUUUUGUUGCAACCAUUGACACCUGUUCGGGUUUUGGAAAUACAAGUGUGGUUUGCUCUGAGAAAGAGCGAGUUGCUCUUCUCAAGUUCAAACACAGUGUUGAAGAUCCUUCUGGAAUGUUGUCCACAUGGGUUGGUGAUGACUGUUGCAUGUGGGGAGGAAUUCACUGUGAUACAACCAUUGAGAGCCUUCAUCUUAGAGGAUGUUGGGGAUCUCAAGACAUGGAUGAUGGCUGCUACUUAAGUGGUAAUGAGGUGAACUCUUCUUUGGAAGAGUUGAGACAUCUAAAAUACUUGGAUUUAAGUGGGAAUGAUUUUAGAUGGAGCCCUAUUCCUAAGUUCAUUGGAUCCAUGAAACAACUGACCUACCUCAAUCUAUCUAAUGCUGUUUUUCAAGAUGAUAUGGCAUGGACUUCAGGCCUUUCUUCACUUGAGCAUCUUGACUUGAGUUUAGUAGAUCUUGGUGGAGCACAAAACAUGGACAUGGUGUUUUACAUGGUUCCCUCUUUAAAAGAGUUGAGUUUGUCAGAUUGUGGACUUUCCAAUGCUGAUAUUGGUCAUUUUCUAAAUUCGAGUAGAAUACUUCCCAACAUCAGACACUUAGAUCUUAGUUUAAAUUCUUUCCAAGGUCCACUCCCUGGCUUUCUUCAAAACAUGUCAUCAUCCCUAACAUUCCUCAAUCUUUCAUACUUUAAUCUUAGUUUGUCAUGGAACCUAGCAAACUUUCUAGGCAUGAUGCCUUCUUUAUCACAGCUGCAUUUGUCAUAUUGUGGGCUCGAUAAGACACAUUUGUCUUCCUCUCGUCUUAAUUUCACCACACUUUCUACCAUCGAACACUUAGUUCUUAGAGGAAACUCAAUUGAAGGCCCAUUUCCAUCUUUUUUCACAAACAUGACUUCCUUAAGAGUCCUUGACCUCUCAGAAAACAUGUUGAAUUCUUCGGUUCCUAUUAUGCCUAACCUUCUAGAGCUUUAUCUUUCCUCAAACCAGUUCAAGCAGAUUGGUGAUGUUGGAAUCUGGAGACAGUGUCACCUGAGACAAUUGCAUGCAUCAAACAAUCAUUUUGAAAUAGAAACGAUCAACUCACCAAAAAACUUAUCAGGGUGCUCCCAAUAUGCUUUGGAAUGGUUGGAUUUAAGUAGGUGUUCAAUUGGUAUAAUUCCAGAAUCAUUUGGACGACUGGCGAAUUUAAGAGGGAUAGAUAUAUCAAGCAGCAAAUUGACAGGCCUAAUCCCCAAAUCUCUAGGAAGAUUAAGAUUUUUAGAAGUAUUAGAUCUAUCUAAUAACCAGUUAAGUGGUCCUAUUCCUACAUUCCUUGGCAAUCUUUCCAAACUUGACCUUUCUAAUAAUCAAUUGAAUGGUUCAAUUCCAGAAUCCUUUGGAAAUCUAGCAGCUUUAACAUAUUUGGAUCUACGUUCCAAUCAGUUAACGGGCCCUAUCCCAACAUCAAUCGGGCAACUUUCCAAACUCCAUUAUCUAGAUUCGUCUAACAAUUUUUUAGGAGGAGUAGUUUCUGAAGCCCAUUUUGCUAAUCUUUCAAUGUUAAAGUACUUGGAUGCUUCUUCAAACACCAUGUUGACAUUCAAUGUUUCACGUGAAUGGGCACCUCCAUUCCAAUUAAUAACCCUCCGACUCAGUUCUUGCAAUAUUGUAACUGAAUUUCCAAAAUGGCUUCGAAAUCAAAGGAAACUUGGGUCAUUAGAGUUGUCCAAUUCUACAAUCUCAGGGCCUCUUCCCACAUGGUUGCGAAAGAUUCCCAUCAUUCCUUUCUUAGAUCUCUCUCACAACAAACUCACCGGACCUUUGGCAAACCUUCCUAAUGGGGAAACUUAUAGUCCAUAUGGAUUUGUUCCAGUAUUAUUUCUAAAAAAUAACCUGUUCAAUGAGUCGAUUCCAAGUUCAUUGUGCAGAAGGACAGAUCUGGAAUAUCUUGAUCUUUCUAGAAAUAGGUUGACCGGGGAAAUUCCCAAGUGUCUUGAGAAUUUGCAAGGAUUGUAUGCCAUGAUACUUAGCUCAAAUCGGUUGUCUGGUGGCAUUCCAAGUUCUGUAGGUCUCAAUUCAUUGAUUCGGUUAAAAUUGAAUGACAACAACUUUGUUGGUGAACUUCCUAGAGAAUUGGGGAACUUACCAGAUUUAAAUAUCUUAGAUGUGGGGGAUAAUAAAUUAUGUGGAAAUGUACCUGAGUGGGUGGGAGAAAAGCUUACAGAUUUGAUUGUUUUAAGGUUACAUAAAAAUAACUUCACCGGAAGAAUUCCUGAGACUUUGUGCAAAGCUUCAAAUCUUCAAAUUUUGGAUGUUGCACACAACAACUUAGAGGGACAUAUCCCUCGUUGUCUAGGAGAGUUGAAUGCCAUGGUUAAUAGUAGCGGGUAUGGGGCUGGUGACUCUUAUGAGCAUGAUGAGAAUGUUGAUCAGGUCAUGAAAGGUAUUGAUCUUGAAUAUUCAAAAACUUGGGAUUUGGUUUAUAACAUGGACCUUUCAAGCAAUCAACUUGUUGGAGAAAUACCAGUUGAGCUAACUGCCCUUUCCAUGUUGGGAGGUCUGAACUUGUCCAAUAAUCAUCUCAAUGGGCAUAUUCCAAACAACAUUGGAAACAUGAUGAAGUUAGAAUCUCUUGAUUUAUCUGGAAACGAAUUGGUUGGGGUAAUCCCUCAAAGCAUGGCAGAUUUGACCUUUUUGAGUCAUUUGAAUUUGUCACACAACAACCUGUCGGGACGAAUUCCAACAGGAAGGCAACUGCAGACCCUGAUUGAUCCAUCGAUAUAUGAAGGGAACAAAUAUUUAUGUGGGCCUCCAUCGCCUAGGAAUUGCUCAAAUCCCGGAGAAGACCCAACAACAAAAAGCAAGAAGAAACAAGGAACAACUGAUGAGAAGACUGAGUUAUCGCUGUUUUACUUGGAUAUAAUUUGUGGUUUUGCAACUGGGUUUUGGGGUGUUAUUGGAGUUUUGUUGUUCAAGAAGCAGUGGAGACAAAAGAUUUACAUGUUUGCUGAGGAAGCCAUGGAUAAGAUAUAUGUUGCAGUUGCAGUCAUGGUCAGAGUUACCAAGAUCAAGGGAGGAAGAGAAGCCACAUAG